UCGAAAUGCUCUCGAACCAAUCAGAUCGCAGGUUGCCUUUUAAAACCGGGGAACUUGAAGUCAAAACAUACACGUUAGUAACUGAACAAAAACAAAGUGCUUAUGCAAGAAGUCGAUAUAUAACUAUUUGGUUGAGAGUCAGAGGCCAUGGAUAUUAAGGUGUACCUUGAUCAAGAAAACGGCACACUCGCCGCUCCAUCCAUAAAAUCACGCCAGAGGCUUCAGUCUGCUCCUGAGCGUCUCCUAAAAACUCCACUGAAGACAUGGCUUGGAGUGCCUGUGCAUUCAGGCCGCAAAGCUUUGGGAACAGUUAAUAAAAUUGUAUCCACACCAACAACCUCUCAUAAAGGUGAUGUGCUGAAUAAACCCCUUGCAGCCCAGCAAUGUAAAGUGGCUUCUCAGGCGGUUGGUGAGGACUAUCCAGAGAUUGAGAAGUGCUUUCCAUAUGACCCGAGUGACUUUGAAGACUACUGUGUACCAGAAGAAGUCUGCCUCAGCCGGUUUUCUUUGGCUGGAUUGGGAAAACAGCAGUGGCCUCUAAAUGUGCUUGAAGAGGAUUUUGGUAUGAUUGAACCAUGUUUACCACCAUCUCCUCUCAAGAUGCCUUCAGUUCACUGCAGAGAUGACCUGGAAGCAUUUCUAGAAACCAUCAGUGAACUGACUGUUUGUUUGCCACCCGAAUGUGACUCAUGAUGCUAAAAGUUUUACUUUUUUUAUACCAAACUUGUUUUUAGAAUAAAGUUUUCUUUUUUUGAAAUAUA